UUAACUUGUGUAGCUAAUUGGGAUUCAUUUUCCCUAUUUUGAGGCCUGAGAUAUUGGUGCAGAAUCAAAAUGUUGGCAAUUUUCCACAAGGCUUUUGCUCAUCCACCUGAAGAGCUAAACAGUCCUGCAUCUCACAAAGGUUCCAAAAAGCCUAAAGUUCCUGAGGAAACUCUUAAGGAUUUCCUUUCCCAUCAUCCUCAUAACACUUGCUCUAUGAGCUUUGGUCAUGCUGCUGUGUUGGCUUAUGUUCGACCUGAUAAGCCUUUCUCAGUUCAUCAAAGGUUGUUUUGUGGGGUUGAUGACAUAUACUGUCUCUUCUUGGGAAGCUUGAACAAUCUGAACUUACUCAAUAAGCAAUAUGGUUUGUCAAAGGGUACUGAUGAGGCCAUGUUUGUGAUUGAAGCUUAUAAGACUCUCCGUGACCGUGGUCCAUACCCUGCAGAUCAAGUUGUCAAGGACCUUGAUGGAAGCUUUGCCUUUGUUGUCUAUGACAGCAAAAUUGGCAGUGUCUUUGCAGCACUGGGCUCUGAUGGUGGAGUGAAGUUGUAUUGGGGUAUUGCAGCUGAUGGAUCUGUGGUUAUCUCUGAUGAUCUAGAUGUCAUUAAAGAGGGUUGUGCUAAAUCCUUUGCUCCCUUUCCAACAGGGUGCAUGUUUCACAGUGAAGGAGGUUUGAUGAGCUUUGAGCAUCCAAUGAACAAGUUGAAGGCAAUGCCUAGGGUAGACAGUGAAGGGGCCAUGUGUGGGGCCAACUUCAAGGUUGAUAAGUUUGCAAGAGUAAACAGCAUUCCUCGAGUUGGAAGCCAAUCCAAUUGGAUGGAAUGGGACCAACAUUAGGCCUUAAAAUGUAAAUACACCCUUAUGUAUGGUUCAUAUAAAAUAAAAAUGUCAUCAAUGCUCCUUUCCUAACUUACCCACCCUACCCUUCUGAAUUUGUUUUAUUUUCUUCUUACUUGUGUUGUUUUCCUGUUUCCUUC